GACUUUGAACUUUGUUUGAAAGUGAAUUGUGAAUAAGAAUAGGCUGACUAAUAAAAAUUCAAUAGACCUUAAUAGAGCCACGACAUUUAUUGUAUGCGCUACGGCAUGGCGCUUAAGGGCAUCUCGCUCAUACAUAAGUUAGCUGGUGCCUCAAAGUUCAAUUUCAGGAAUAUUUACACCUCAAUAUCCCUGUUAAAAGACUACUACAAUAUACUAGGAGUCAGUAAAUCAGCUAGUCAGUCUGAAAUAAAGAAAGCUUAUUAUCAGCUAGCCAAAAAGUACCAUCCAGAUGUUAAUAAGAAUGACAAGUCGGCGGCACAAAAGUUCCAGGAAGUUAGUGAGGCAUAUGAAGUUCUAGGAGAUGAAAAUAAGCGAAGCCAGUAUGACAAGUUCGGGUCAGCGUCGACGCAAAACAACUUUGGAGGUGGCCAGUCACAAGGUUUUGAGUUUCACUCUAACAUAAACCCUGAGGAAUUGUUCCGGCGUAUAUUUCGUGAUAGUGAAUUCGUCUUUAAUGAAUGGUCUACUGGUGAUAAAGGCUUUGCAGAAUCAAUAUUUGGAUCCGAUGCAACUAAGGAGAUUCCUGUUAAUCUCACUUUUGAACAGGCUGCUCGCGGUGUAAAUAAAGAGAUCAGUGUCAAUAUGGUGACUAAUUGCCCACACUGUCAAGGUUCACGUGCUGAACCUGGGACAGAUAAGUCCACUUGUCCAAGUUGUCGUGGAACAGGAACUGAGAACAUGAAUACUGGACCGUUUUUGCUCCGGAGUGUUUGUAGGCGAUGCCAUGGCACCGGCACCAUCAUUCGACAUCCUUGUCGAGAAUGCGAGGGUAAAGGUAGGAUUGUCGGACGUAAACGAGUCAAUGUAUCCAUCCCUGCAGCAGCUCGUCUAUUGUGAAAAUUCGACUGUAUCUAAACGUUCUCGAGUCACUGUCCGGUUGGAAAUUGUAUGUUACCACCGAAUAUGAGUACUGAAGCAGUUUUUCUGAAACCACGUGCACCAUUCAAACUGGCUGCCUUCAACGUUCGCACACUUACGCAGGUCGGACAAUAGAUAGGGCUGGCUAUGUCCUUGGAAAGUCUUAAUAUCGAUGUUUGUUGUCUAUCCGAGACCCAUAUUCAAGACUUUGGUGAAGUACUACAAAUUCGCUCUCCAUCUGUCGCUUCUAAAAGCUUGUUUUGCGUGCGUUUAUCUGGGGACUCUGUGGCAUCUUCGUCUGGUCUUGCUGGCGUUGGUGUCUCACUAAGCUCUAGAGCUGAGGCAACACUAAUCGAUUGGAUCCCCAUUAACAGUCAGUUGUGUGCCGUUAGAUUAGAAAGUCCGGCAAGAGAAACUAUGUCUUUUUGUCAUCUCCGCCUAUGCCCCGACAGAUUGCAGCCCGGAUGCAAUCAAUAAUGAAUUCUACCACCAGUUAACUGUUUUCCUACAGAAAAUGCGUUCGAUAGAUAUUGUAAUACUAGCCGGAGACUUGAAUGCUCAGGUCGGGCGUCUAGGCACAGAAGAGAGUCGUUUAGGUGACCGAUGUGGACUUGUUGGUCUCAGGACAGAUAACGGGAACCGUCUACUGCAACUGUGCACUUACCACAACCUGUUUCUAGUUAGCACUAACUUUCGGCACAGUCAUCGCUGAUGUGUCACCUGGCGUCCUCCUUCUGCAUCUCAAGCCUGGACUCUGAUUGAUCACAUUGCGAUCAGCUGCUGCUGGCGUGGUUGUGUACAAGACUGUCGCUACUUUUGGAGUACCUAUCUGGACUCUGAUCAUGCCUUGGUCUGCGCCAAUCUUACCUUACUUUUCAGUGGCCAAUGAAGUGACCUCCACAAAAGGAUUGGUGUCAGUAAGUUAGUUGCAACUUCUGUUGCUAGUAAGUAUCAAACCAAGCUAGCCUCUAGGCUAGCUACCAUUCCACUGAAAAGUAUAGAUGAGCAUUGGUCGCAACUUCACAAUGCCAUGAAAAUGGAGAGUAAAGCCGCUUGUGGCUUCGCGAAACGUCCCGCUUACAAGCACUGGGUUUCUUCAGGCUCCUUACAACUCAUUGAAUCCCGUCGGUCUACUCCGGGUGGCCGUGAGUUUGAUCUCAAAUGAAGGAUGUAACGUAAGGAAAUUGGGCAAAGCUUGCGUAUGGAUCGAUAAGCCUGGUGGUCGGAGCGUAAUAAUGAGCUGGAAGCAGCAGCUGCAUCAGGUAAUUACCGGGAGCUCUUCCAACUGAUCCACCAAUGAGGUGGAAGUCCGCAAGGAACUCCAAUUCUUGAAGCGCUACGAAUCACCUGGCCCAUAUGACUUACCUCCGGCUCUUUUUGAAGAUGAUGGUGACUUUCUGACUAAGGAACUGACGACGUUGUUUACAAAGGUCUGGAAGCUAGAAAGUGUACCAACGUCAUGGAAUGAGUCGAUAGUUGUCCCUAUCUUUAAAAAUGGUUCACGUCGUUCCUGUAACAACUAUCAAAAACCGAGGAAGAUUGACUUGCGAGGAGCAGGCUGAUUUUCGUUCUGGUCGAUGAUGUACUGAUCAUAUCUUCACCCUCCGCCAAAUGUCAGAACACCGUCAUACUUAUCACCUACCAACAAUCGUAGUUUUUUUUGACAUCAGGGCUGCCUUCGAUUCGUUGAACACGACUGUUCUCUGGGAUUGUCUAUUGAAAAAGGGUGUACCUGAGAAGUUCAUUAACAUCUUAAAGGUCCUAUAUACAAAAACCUCAGGUAGAGUGACGGCAUACAACCACCUUUCUCCAUUGUUCCAUUCAAGCAGUGGGGUUAGACAGGGUUGCCUAAUCCUACCAUUUCUCUUCAACUUUGCCAUCGAUGACGUUCUGGAAACAGCUCUGAUAGAUGUAAUUAAUGGCGGUGUGGAUCUGUUGCCUGGAGAAAGACUUCUCGACCUUGAGUAUGCGGAUGAUAUUAUCUGACUGUGCGACAAUGCCCAAGCCAUGCAAUCCGCACUUAAUCAGUUGGCAAUCAAUGUCCGUAGGCAUGAUAUGUGCUUUGCACCUUCGAAGUGCAAAGUACCUCUACAAGACUGGCAGGAUUCUAAUCCUGUACUCACUCUGGAUGGGAAGCAGAUAGAAGUAGUCGAGAAGUUCGUGUAUCUGGGUAGCUGCAUAAGUGCUGGUGAUGUCGUGAGUGAUGAGAUCAAUGCACCUAAAGUGAAAGACAGAGCGGCUUACGCUAACCAGGGCCAUCUUUGGCCCCUUCGUGAUGCUAGUUCGUCUGUUUAAGGUCGGAUCUACAACGCGUCGGUGAUAGCAGUUUCGCUGUAUUCUUGUGAAAUCUGGGCUCUCUGAGUAAAGGAUGUCAGACGACUCUGUGUUUGAUAAUCGCUAUCUCUGAAGGAUUGCUGACAUCCAGUGGCAACACCAUGUUAGUGAUGCAGAGGUUCGGCAUCGUGUGUUCGGGCACAGAGACGAUAAUCCAAUUGGUAUCACCAUCUUAAAACAUCGACUUCGGUGGCUUGGAUAUGUACUACGAAUGUCGCCCCAGAGAAUUCAUCGUCGUGCAUUAUUUGCGAACGCUGGGACUAGUUAGAAAAAGCGGACAGAUGGUCAGUGUCUGACAUGGUGUCGUGGUAUGAAAGAGAGCUGCAAAAGGCUGGCUUCUGUUGGUCGUUCAUGACUUCCUGGUUGGGGUCCGAGAGAUGGUGCGACACAGUGGUUAGAGACGUUAUCAGAUAUGGCUCAGAACAGAAGCCAGUGGCGAUCCUGCUGUAAACUUUCACUUUAUUCAUAAAUAAAAGGUUCUAUCUUCCUUAAGUAAAAGAAUUAUUAUCUUUACGAAGUUGAAAAAGCUAUAAGAAAUCUGAAGCGAAGGAGAGCAGCAGGCCCUGACAGGUUCACUUCUGAGAUUUUUAAGGAUCGCGGUCCAGUAUUAGCAGUGAGAUUAACUGAGGUCUUAGGUAGAAUUCGGGAACUGGACGUAAUCCCAUCUGACUGGUCUCAAUCACUGAUUGUGCUAGUCUAUAAGAAAGGAAAAAAAUUCUCUAGUGACAAUCACAGAGGAAUAAGUUUGACUAAUAUAGUGUCUAAAAUAUUAGCUUCAAUAAUACUUCGACGCCUAACUAAAGCUCAUGAAGAGCAGACUAGAGGAAAUCAGACUGUGUGAAUAUCUGGUCUAUUCAAGGUCCAUACAUGGAAGCAUGUUGUCCUAUUUGGCACAGUGUUCGGACGUUAAAAGCUCAUACGUGUACUUUAGAGCGUAUUUUCAUGAGACCAUGGAUAACGUUCUGCGUACUGGAAUCGUUUGCCCUAGCUAUACGAAGUGAUAAAGAGACAUGAGAAGAGUUAGUCGUUUAGAUAAGAAAUGUGUUAGGAGGUGUAGGAAGGAUUUGAAUGUGACCAACUUGGUCUCGUGUGCUGUUACGGGUAUGAGGGUGUGACAUUUUUAGGGUCGGUCUUUUCUAUCCCCUUCCUUCCUUGUGAGAAAGCAGCAUCGCUGCAGAUGCUGGUUGUCCAAGGGAAACACCUUACUGAUGUCACACCCCCCUACAAUCAGCAGUACGACCUCGCCCUCAGACCUUGAGUUGCUGCUUUUAGUCUCCAAUCGACCUGCCUGACAUGGUAGAACAUACCGGAACAUAUGUUCCAGCCAAUAUAGCUCGGUUGGGUCAUCACGAUGGACAAGCCCGACCACCGCGUCAAGGUAGCAUCUACGGUCGGGAAUUAAAAUAUUAGUUAUUAUUAUUUUAUUUGAACACAUAAAUAUUGGUACAAGGGGGCACCAAAUAUAUAUAUAUAUUCAAUGGUUAUGUGAAAGACAUCGUGACAUAAAUUUUUAUUACCAAAAUAAAAGUAUUAUUAAAUUAAAAAUUUUUAUAAAUUAGGUUUUCCUUUUCAGAUUUUCCGUUUAGGAAUUCUUAAGUUACAAAUGGUAUUUACUUCAUAAAAUUCAUAUUACUGUUAACAUUUACAAAACUCAUUUAUUCGUCACUUGUCUUGAGUUUGUUCUCGAGUUUUGUUGUCUGAUACGAACAAUCAGGUAGCUUUUAAAUGUCUUAAGUUCAAGUUUUCGUAUGUAAACGGUAGUUCAGCUGGGUUGUACCAUAUUCUUUUUUGUUCAUUUCCUUGAUAUGUUUUACUCUAGUUUAAUCAAAUCGUAGUUAUAAGUGUACCUUAGUAUGGAGUAGUGCAAAACGUUCUAUAUACAUAUUGCAACAUAAUUUAGCUUAGACACAUUAACCUCUAUGACUUUAUAUCUAUUGGUUCUUGUAGGAAACUAACUGAUCUUCAACGCGCGCUUCUCCUAGCCUAUGCCGAGACAGAAAAUAACGUGACUGGUUCAGUUGAAGGCGUAACGUCGACCGACAAACAUGGUAAGCGUGCCAUAGACACUACACCGGGCUUUAUUCUCUCUCGUAUUCGACUAGCUAUUCAAGAUCCAAAUGAACCUCACGAAGAAGCCAAGUCUCAAGAAAUUGAUUCAGAUACUGUAGUGAAAAAUUCUAGUAAAGAUUGUGUGUAGUAGUUUUUUGCAAAUUCAUCUUUUCAUCUAUAAUUACAUCGAAUUCUCCUUGGUUAUCAUGCUUUAGGCAGUAUUCAUUCGUGACCCACUUUUAUUUGCAAUUUUUUGUACAUCUGUAAUAUAUAUUAUAGUGCCAAAUAUCUGAUAUUCUGUUUUUAUUUUUUUGUUUCAUUUUAAAUUACCUGCUGAUUAUUGUUUGAAUUAAUGUUUAGUUCGUGAAUAUGCAGUAAAACAUCAGUUUUUGUUUGAGAAUAUGCUUUCUAGAUUAACUGUCAUUUUCGGUGUGCUUAUAUACACAUUUUGAUCAAAUGUUUUAUGAUGGUGACAUUGUAAAGAAAUGGAACACUUCUUUAACCAUUAGUUGCGUCAUUUUGUAAUUCCAAAACUUCUGAGAGUUGAUGUUCUUACUAAAAUGCAUUUCUAACAGUUCUACUAUACAUAAUGUUUACCUAUUUAGAUAUGCAUUUUUGAAUCAUCCCUAACCAAAAUUUAUAAAUUAUUUUUAUCAUUAGUACAUUCACGUUAAAUUGCUUCAGAUGUUGUAAGACUAUGUAAUUAAAGCUCAUGUCAUGAAAAGCCAUGGAAUAAUACAACUCCAGCAGCUAAGAAAUAUGAAUGGUUCAUUGACGGUCAGUACGUGUAUCUGCGAGUCAGUGACUUCAUUUUAAUUAUAUCUAGGUGUUCGUUAUGGAAACGUUUUAGAACUUGGUGUCUAAGAGUUCUGGGUAUAACAAUCCGGUGAUCAAAUAUGAUGCACAAAUCGACAAUUGUUAGAUAGUUUCGCCGACGCAUGUAUUGUAAUAGCUCUUCAUGGUGUCGAGGUGUAAGUCACUUGUUGAAUAUACAACGGCCAACAAUCUUCACCGUAUUAUCUUUUUCACUAGCUUCAUUAUUAGCUUCGAAUGUAACCGGCAGACCCGAAAAUGCGUCGGUCAACACCGUGCGAUCUUCGACCUCAACUUCCACAGCAGCUACAAACACUUCAUAUUUUGUGUAAGAUGUUAAUUGAUCUUGAGAAAGCAUAUGCUUGUUCGUAUCCGUUGUCGGUCGAUACUCUAUCCUGAAAUCCUAACCUGGCAAUGUAGUUACACAUCGCUGUUGACAGUUUGCUGUAUAAAUAGGUAAUACCUUUUGGGGUCUGUUAGUAAUGUAAAUUGUCAGCCGAAUAGCAUGUUGCGGAAAUUUUUCACAAGGAAGGGACGUUUUUGGAACUAUAUUUCCUUUCUUUUGUUGUCAGUAAUAGUGAAGUAUAGGUAAUCGUUUUCUCAAAUCCACCUAGGUAGGCGUUUGAGGUCAUUGCUCCGAUUCCGUAAUUUGGCGCAUCUGCUGCUACCAUAACGGGAAGGGCUAGACUAUAAUGCGUUAGCAGGUUUGACGAUAGGAGCUGUUUUGGUUGACAUUCUGUUGGCUAGAUCCAUUCAUUAUUCUCCGUUAGUAAACAAUUCAGCAGGGCAUGUAAUUCUGGAAGAAAGACACCACGGUGGCUAACCAUUCUCGGAAAGGAACGUAAAGUUGUCUCAGUGGAACGCAGAUGUGUUCAAUCUUGCUAGAUCAGUGCAAGCUAGGGACUGAUUGAGAAGUCUUACAAACCUAUGUAAUUCAUCUGCCAUAUGUAUUUCAGAGGGAAGACUGUUCCAUAUAAAUGAAGUUUUCCCGAGAUUUUGAACUGUAUUCCUCUACUGUGACUAGAUGCUUUGUCUCGAAGGUCGUAUUCACGUGAGUCUUGGGCAAUAACUAUAUCCCCGACCGUUGUUGCUAACUUGACGUGGUGGUCGAGCUUGCCUAUCGUGAUGAAGCAACCGAGCUAUACUGGCUGGAACAACCGUUCCUCAAGGUCGUACCAUGACAGACAGGUCGGUUGAGGAGCGGUAAGGUUAAAAGCAACAAACCCAAGGUCCGAAGGCGAAGUCGUACUGCUGACUGUACAGAGGUGUGACAGCAGUAAAGUGUUGCCCUCAGACAACCAGCAUGACAGCGAUGCUCCCUUCCCACAAGGAGGAUAUCCCACGGAUAUCCGUCUCCGGCGGAAAGGUCUCAGCAAGUACGGAGCUAACACAAAAAUCACCCAUAAAAAGGCCGUGUGUGACCGACCUCAAGCAGUUGUCCCUUGGGCACCGCGGUCACGCUCCCGGGUCACUAAGACUACUUCUAAUCCGAUUUCCUUCCCAGGUACCUCCAGAAGAACCCUUCCACGGUGUGGGCAACCGGGAAGUGAUAACCGCCCUCAUAACUGUAACAGCACUCAAGACCACUGUAUUCAUAAUCAACCACCCUCUUCAAUUCCUAUUAUUCCUCCUACAUCGACUUCAAACUCUAAACUUCUUUUUUCGGCUUCCCCCUCAAGUGUCACCAUAGCCAACGAUUCUAGUGCUCAAAACACUCCCAGGUCUACUGAAACCUCGCUCCACACUACACAUUGGAGCCUUCAAUGUGCGCACCCUAUGUCAAAUUGGUCAGCAAGUUUCCUUGGCCAAAACCCCAGAGUCUCGUACCAUUGAUGUAUGCUGUGUCUCCGAAACACGCAUACAGGAUCCCAGUGUGGUCAUCCACUUGACCUCACCUCGGCAAAACGGUG